AUGACGUCUACAAUUCUUCGCAACGAGCUGAGCAUGGGUGACAUUGCAAUUAGACUGGAACUAUACGAUAUUUCUGGCUAUCGAGAUUUUGCUAUCUUUACUAUUGAUUUCACGAAACCUUCGCCCUUAACCGAUCUUAGCGUUGGGUUUCAAAAUCGCGACGUAAGAGUUUAUAUGAACACUCAGUGUGCGCAUGACUUUAUCAGAAGUACGGAAAGAAAUGUGGCAUCGAAAGCCACCACAAGUACGGAGCGUGAACUAGUACCUGGAGUGGAUCUGCAGGAAAGCGUAGUUGGCACUCAACCUCUUAUUUCUGGAAGUAAAUAA